AUGGUCCACCCACCAACCUGCUGCAAGAGCUCAGGCGAGCCCUGCACCUGCGCUGCGCAGGCAAAGUGCUCUUGUGGACAGAAGGAAGCCUUAAACUGCAAUUGUGAGAAGGCUUCGACUGAGAACCGCAUUGCUGGUGCCAGAUGUUCUUGUCGGAUGAGACCGGCAAAGGAGUGCAACUGUGAGCGCUCAGCAGAGGAGAACAACGUAACCGGCGAUGCAUGUGCAUGUGGAUUAAGGAAGGCAGACUCCUGCACUUGCGAGAAGAACCCAUCAGCGGGUUUGAGAGAUGGGGAGAUUGAUUUUACCACCACCAAAUAG